AUGGCGCCUCCUGCUAAGAAGAGACGGACCACGAGAGCCGCAGCCAAGGCCGAGGCCGAGCAGGAGGAGGUCCAGGCGGCCCAACAGGCUGAGCCGCAGCAAAACACCGAGGAGAAGGAACAAACGCAAACAGAGCCCGAGGCCGCGCCCCUUCCCGCGGAGCCGUCAGUCAAGCCCACAACUAAGGUGGCACCCAAACCUGCGGCCCCAGAUCCCGAGGCCGAACCCGAGAAGCCCAGCGCCGCCGAUGCUGCCGCCAAAGCCAAGGAGCGCAUGGCACGGUUCAAGGCGCUGCAGGCGCGAGCCAAAACAUCAUCCGAAACGAACCUGAAGGAGGCAACAAAGGAGUCACAGCGUCUCGCCAGCGACCCGAGUCAGCUCACGGCCCUCCACCGCAAGCAUGCCAUUGCGUCGCACAAGCUGCUCAAGGCGGACGUCGAGGACGCCGGCGAGGACUUUGAGCGAAAGCGGGCGUGGGAUUGGACGAUUGACGAAAGCGAGAAGUGGGACAAGCGCCUGAAGAAGAAGGCGGCGCACCGCGACAACAACGCGUUCCGCGACAACCACCAGGAGAGCAACAAGGUGUACAAGCGCCAGCUCAAGAACAUCAAUCUCGACCUCGAGAACUACGACAAGCAGAAGAUGGCGGCGAUAGAGAAGGCGGCAGCUUCUGGUGGACUCGACAUUGUCGAGAUGGAAGAUGGCGAGCUGAUCGCUGUGGACAAGGACGGCUCGUUCUACUCGACGGCCGACUCAACAUCCUUUGCGCAAAACAAACCGGACAAGGCUGCCGUGGACCGGCUGGUGGAGGAUCUCCGACGGGCCGACGAGCAGAGACUAAAGAAGAGGAAGGAGCGCAUGGCCAAGAACGGCGACGAAGGCGACGUGACGUACAUCAACGAGAAGAACAAGCAGUUCAACCAGAAGCUGUCGCGCUUCUACGACAAGUACACGGCGGACAUCAGGGACAGCUUCGAGAGAGGCACGAUGAUAUGA